AUGUUCGCUGCCCUCUUUCAAUCCCUCCAAGAGGCCACUCAGCUGACCUGGGCCAUUGUGAUCCUCUCAAUGUUUGUUCUGAGCUGUAUCUUAACCUGGUAUUGCACAUGGAGAUGUCGCCAUGAAGGGCACAGUUAUGUGUUGGAUCCAAAUCGGCAGAGAAAUGGGAACAAAAAGACGAGUCGAGAGUUCUAUGUGUAG